GCUUUUGAUGCCGCCCGCGGGCUGCUCUACCUGCACUGUCGCGACAUCAUCCACCGUGACGUCAAGAGCCCCAACCUGCUGGUGGACGAGCACUGGCAUGUGAAGGUGUGCGACGUCAACCUGAGCGAGAUCCUGAAGAGCCAGGCUGCAGAGGGGGCCACAGCUGCCCACGAGGCGGCCACCAAUCCCAUCUGGCUCGCGCCCGAGGUGUUGACGGGGCAGCCUGCCACGGCGGCCUCUGAUGUCUACUCCUUUGGACUG